AUGGGUCUCUGUUGCAGACCCCAAAUGAGCAGUAAUUCAACAUUUAAGCAACGUCGUAAAAUGCUUGAUACGAAACAGAGCGAAUUACUUCGUUACGCAUCUGCAACACUUGGUAGUGGUAAUUUACGUGAAGCAGUUAAGUUACCGAAUGGUGAAGAUCCGAAUGAAUGGAUCGCUGUUAAUAUUGUCGACUUCUUCAAUCAAAUCAGUAUGUUGUAUGGUACAAUAAGUGAACAUUGUACUGCGGAAUCAUGUCCAAAAAUGUCAGCCGGUCCAAAAUACGAGUAUCUUUGGUCAGAUGGCAAAAAGGCAAUCGCAUGUCCGGCGCCAGUCUACGUUGAUUAUUUAAUGACUUGGGUGCAUGACCAACUUGAUGAUGAGCUCAUCUUUCCUUCUCAUAUAGGUAAACCAUUUCCGUCAAAUUUUAUGCUCAUUGCUCAGUCAAUUAUGAAGCGAUUAUUUCGAGUUUAUGCUCAUAUCUAUCACCAGCAUAUUGAAUUAAUUGAACAGCUGAAGGCAAUAGAGCAUUUGAAUACGAGUUUCAAGCACUUUAUGUUAUUUGUACACGAGUUCAAUUUGAUUGAUUCGAAGCAACUGGCACCUCUGAAUGACUUCAUUGAACGUCUAGCGCCAGCUCGUCAAACAAUCUCAAAUUAUUAA